UGGAAUGAGUCUACACGAUUUGCUCUCUCUAAUCUCUUAUUGUUUCUUGCAUCCCCUUGUCUUCUUCACAAGAGUAGCCCCCACUAUCACUCCAGCCCUUCACCGGCCGCCACCUCCGACCAGCACUUUCGGCCAAUCGUCCAGCCACCAAGCCGCCUAGUUCUACACACAUACUUGAUUUGCUUCCUUUUUGUUUCAUAAAUCAAGAGAUUUAAACCUCCUGUCUCGAUCUUUCUUGGGUUUGCAACAAAGGAGGAUUUGGCACUAAAAACUCUAUUUUUGUCCACUUGACACUUGGGUUGGCACAUUGGAUAGUACGUGGAGCUUAUUGCUCAACUUUGAUGUUGGAUUUUAGCUUGUUGCAUAAGAGGUAGGAGACUAUUACCAUUUCUUUAUUGGCGUCUUUGAUUUUGGGGUGUCAAGUACUGGAGAUUGGCAUUACCUCCAUCAAUUGAUGUCGGGAUAAAUUUGAGGAGGGGCCACUGCAGGAUCCAGUGAAGAAAUGGCGGAAGGAGAAGAUUUGCCUAGAGAUGCAAAGAUUGUAAAAUCCCUUCUGCAGUCGAUGGGGGUUGAGGACUAUGAGCCACAUGUAAUACACCAGUUUCUGGAGCUGUGGUAUCGUUAUGUUGUUGACGUCCUGACAGAUUCCCAAGUGUACUCAGAGCAUGCUGGCAAGGCCGCUAUUGAUUGCGAUGAUGUCAAGCUUGCUAUUCAAUCUAGAGUCAAUUUCAGCUUCUCGCAACCCCCACCUAGGGAGGUUCUACUGGAGCUGGCAAGAAAUAGGAAUAAAAUCCCAUUACCAAAGACACUAGCAGGGCCUGGUAUUCCACUCCCACCUGAAAAGGAUACAUUGAUCAGCCAAAACUAUCAACUUGCUUUUCCAAAGAAGGAAUCGACCCAGGCAGCAGAAGAAAUGGAGGAUGAGGAAAGUGGUGAUCCUAACCCCAUCCAGGAACAGAAUACAGACGUGCCUAAACAAAGAGUAUCAUUUCCCCUUGCGAAACAUCCAAAGUGAUGUUGCUUUGUACGUACUAUUUAUUGUGAUCAACUGUGAAUAGGAAGUGUAUAAUGAAUGAAGAAGUUUGGCGGGGAAGGAGCUGACUGCUGAAGGAUUAUGUUGAGACAUUUCCAUUUAUUACAAUAUCAAUAUAAAGUACGUUUGGCUGGGAA